AUGGAUAAGUCCUACUCUUCAAGGUUCAUGCGAGGCGAGUUGGGCUCGGGUAUGCCUGGCGCCGGCAGCAGCAAGACUAGCCGGUUCUCCCGCUACUCAGGCGCCCACACCACUACCGGCCUGGACCGCGUGGCCGCCCCCGCCGCCCACGAGAUGUCAUACACGGCGCGCAAAUACUCUUCCCCCACCCUCAGCUCUGCUUCAUCGGCCAAGGCGGCGGCCAGGUCAUCGUACGGCGGCAGUCCUUACAACAGGACGUCCUCAAGCACCAGCUUCGUCUCGGCCUCUAAGCCGGAGCAGACUGCUUACGGGGGCCGCCACUCAAGCGACCGUGAUGGAGAGUCUGAAAACAAGUACUCCAGGUACUCCAGUGCUGCACGAGCCAGCACCACCAGCAGCCUUGCCAGCAACAGCAGUACCAAUUACAACAACUACAACUCCAAGAACUAUAACAACAAUAACAACAGGAGCAACGGUUACAGUAACACCAACGGCGUCAUGAGCAGGUCGGAGAAGACUCGUGCGCUGAGUCCCACGAGCAGCGAGGGUCGUGGCGGAGGGCAGCAGCUGGAACGUGAGCGGAGCCCCUCGGUGCGGGCCAUCUACGAGGGCCUUGCGCGGAUUAAUCAAGCCCUGGAGAAGCAUAGCCCCAGCACCCUCCCCAGCACCACUAGCUCCAGCAGCACUUGUAGCAGCACCAUACCAACCCCUCCCCCGCCUCCGACCCUGUCGUCGGCUUCAGAUUCCGCGCGUGUUGAAGAUUUCGCAUACCAAGCUGUCUGGUACUUCCUGUGCCCUGCGUCGUAA